AUGGCUACAGUUACUCUUAGAUUACUUUACGGCUCACGAGUAAAUCUGUCGUUCCCUCAAGAGAAGCAGAAGGCCCUGGAGAACAGGCUGGACUACGUCAGGGCCCACAAGGCCGUGGACGCAGGCCAGAGGGACGCAGACGGGAAGACGGCGCUCAUGUGGGCCGCCGAGGCCGGGCACACCGCCGUCGCCCUGGAGCUGGUCGACGCAGAGGCGGGCCUGGUCUCGAACGACGGGUCCUUCGCGCUGAUCGCGGCGGCAAAGAGGGGGAACCUCGAGCUGAUCCAGGCCCUUUUCGAGAAGGAGGGGAGGCUGCGGGACGCCGGCAAGCUCUCCGCCCUCAACCACGCCUCCAGGGCGAAGCAGUUCGAGGCGGCCAAGGUCCUCCGGCUGAAGACCAUCGAGACGAUGGACGCGGCGAUGCUGGAGCAGCUCCGGCAGAGGGUCGCGGCCACCUACACCGAGAUGGCCAAGAAGUCGCAGCAGGCCGAGGUCAAGAGCCACAACAUGGCCAUCUUCCGCUCGUUCUUCGAGGCGUUCUACUCCCUCUCCUGCUCGGGGAUCGACCAGGGGGCGGAGAUCUCGGAGGAGCAACUGAACAAGUCCCUCGAGAAGUGCCUGGGCGAGAUCCGCAAGCUCCUCAACUCGAAGAAGUACACGAAGUGCGUGAAGUGCCGCGCCAACGCCCCCAACCUGGUCUGCAUGCCGUGCAAGCACUACGUCCUCUGCAAGGACUGCGGGAAGGACGUGGCCAGCGAGGUCUGUCCUGGUCUGCGAGAACCCCCUUGGCACACUAGUAGAUCCUCAAGGUAUCGCUAA